GACUUCUAUAGCAUAAAAAUUUUGGACGCAGUGGACCAUUUGCUGGGCUGAUUAAUCUAACCAAAGCAAUGGGCGGACCUAAAUAUGAUGGGAAGUAUCUUCAUAAACUUAUAAAGGGACUCCUACGGGGCACCAAGUUGCAUGAUACAUUAACUGCCAUCGUAAUUCCAUCUUUUGACAUCAAGAAACUUCAGCCAGUUAUCUUCAGCUCAUAUGAGGCAAUCUCGCGACCUGAUUUGGAUGCAGAACUGGCGGACAUUUGCAUUAGUACCUCGGCAGCGCCAACUUUUCUACCUGCCCAUAGUUUCAAGAACAAGGAUGCUGAUAAUAAUGAACGGGAAUUCAACUUAAUUGAUGGUGGUGUGGCUGCUAAUAACCCAACUUUGGUCGCAAUUGGUGAGGUGACCAAGCAAGUAUUGCUGCAGCACGUAGACUUAUUCCCUAUCAAGCCAAUGGAUUAUGGUCGUUUUCUGGUAAUAUCACUUGGCACAGGCAAUGCAAAGAACGAGCACAAAUACAAUGCCCAAAAGGCUGCCAAGUGGGGAUUACUUAGCUGGCUAUUUAAUGACAACUCUACACCAAUCAUAGAUGCUUUUAAUCACGCAAGUGCUGAUAUGGUUGAUUUUCACAACUUUGUGGUUUUCAAAGCUCUUCACUCGGACGAUAAGUACCUUCGUAUCCAGGAUGACGACUUGACGGGGAACUUGGCCUCAGUUGACAUAGCCACAAAGGAAAACUUACAAGGCCUCGUCAAGGUAGGAGAACUUCUGCUGGAAAAGACAGUUUCAAAGAUUAACCUGGACAAAGGAGUUUAUGAGGAAGUUGAAAAUGGAGGAACCAACAAGGAAGCUCUUCAGAGGUUUGCGAAGAUACUGUCGGACGAGAGAAAAUUCCGCGAGUCCAAUGCCAGUAGCCGGUUGGUCUAGAUGCCAUUGUGUUGUCACCCUAUUUAUUGCUAGAGUCUGCAGCGUGAAUAUCUUAUGUAUUUCAGUUCAAUGAUGUUCCUACUUUACCAUUCCUAUUGUUCCUGUAUAUGUUGGUGGAAUUAAAGUUUUAGAGGGUGUUCGGCUAA